AUGGAAGAACAGGAAGCAUUAAAAAGUUUCAAAUUCCCAUUAAGAAAUGAAGAACCAAAGUUUGAUUAUAAAUUAAUAAAUCAAAAUGGUAAAUUAUCUGAAGUUCCAUUAUGUAAAGAAUAUCAAAAAUUAACUUUAGAGGAACAACAACAAAAAUUACAAAACUUACAACAACAUCAACAACAAAAUCAUCAUCACCAUCAUCAUCAUCAUCAUCGUGUGCUGAACCAAGAACAGCGACAGACUCAAAUUCAUCGUCAACAACAAUUACCCCAACAAACACUCACUAAACCCCACUCUCAUAAACAAACACUUCCAACAAACAACGAACAACUUCAUAAUACCAAAACAAGAAAUCAUCGUAAAAGAAAUGCUGGAGAAGAUGAUUUUGGAGAGAAUGAUAGUAUACAAUCUGGUGAUGAUUUUACUUCUUCAGAUACUGACUCAAAUACUCCAAAUUCAGUAAAUUCACAAGUUUCAUCAUAUAGAACCAAGGGUUUAUCCCAUCCUCCAACUAAAAAGAGAUUGACAUCAAAUUCCGAACAUAUAAGUAUUGAUGUAAAUAAUCAAGAACAAAAUAAUCCUAAUUAUGGUUCAUUAUUGACAAAUAAUGCAACUUUUGCUUCUUCACAAUCAUCAAAUAGGCAUCGUCCUAAAACACCAGUUGUAAUCAAUUCUCCAAAUAAUACACCACUUUCAGAUAUUGAUGAGGAUUCUACUCAACAAUUACCAUUACCAUCCCCAAGUGCUUCUCCAGUUCAAUCUGACCAUGAACAUGAUGAUGUUGAGGAAAUAGUUGAAAGUCCUGGAACUUUAUCAAAAAGAUUAAAUUUAGAAUUAAUUGAAAGUCAUAUGUUAAAUAUUCCAAGAACUCAAUCAGAAUUAAUUAAUGUAAUGAAUAAUUUAUCAAAUUUUUUAACCGAACAAAAUCAUAAUAAUUUAAUUUUUAGACUAUUACAAAAGACAAAUAGAUCUGCUUUAAGUUCUUUUAGUGGAUUAUUAAAUAAUUCAUUGAAAAGAGAUUUAAUUGGUAAUUUACCAUUAGAAAUUUCAAUUAAAGUAUUAUCAUAUCUUGAUGCAAAUACAUUAUUGUCAAUUUCAAAAGUUUGUAAAAAAUGGUUCAAAUUAGUAAAUAAUCCAGAAUUAUGGAUAAAUUUAUUAAAAAAAGAUAAAUUAAUUACUGAUGAAAAUAUAAUUAAUCAAGAAUUAAUUCAAUCAAAACAAUUAAUUGAUGAAUGGUGUACUUAUCCUGGGGAGAUAAAUUCAGCUCAAUUAUUAUAUAAAAAAAGAACAAUAAUAGCAAAUAGAUGGUUAGAUCCUAAAUAUCAACCUAAUAGAAUUAGUGUUACUGGUCAUGGAAAUAAAGUUGUUACAUGUUUACAACAUGAUGAAGAAAAAAUAGUUACUGGAGUUGAUGAUAAAUGUAUUUUAAUAUACAGCACCAAGACCGGUAAAUUAAUGAAAGUUUUGGAAGGACAUGAUGGUGGAGUUUGGGCUUUAAAAUAUAGUGGAAAUACUUUAGUUACAGGUUCAACUGAUAGAACAGUUAGAGUUUGGAAUAUGACUACUGGAAAAUGUACUCAUAUUUUUAGAGGACAUACUUCAACUAUAAGAUGUCUUGAUAUAAUACAUCCAACAGUAAUUGGUAAAGAUGUUGAUGGAACUGAUAUUGUAUUUCCAGAAUUUCCAUUAUUAGUUACUGGUUCAAGAGAUCAUAAUAUUCAUGUUUGGAGAUUACCAAUUGUUAAUGAAACUAAUUCAAAUAUUGAUGAAACUACAUUUGAUGGAGGAGAAACUGAAAAUCCAUAUUUAAUAGCUAUAUUAUCUGGUCAUACACAAUCUGUUCGUUCAAUACUGGGACAUGGAAAUAUUAUAAUAUCUGGUUCAUAUGAUUCAACUGUUAGAGUAUGGGAUUUAUUAGAUAAUGGAAAUUGUAAACAUAUAUUACAUGGUCAUCAAGAUAGAGUUUAUUCAACAGCAAUGGAUUUUAAUAAAAAAUUAUGUUUUUCAGGUUCAAUGGAUUCAACAAUAAAUAUUUGGAAUUUUGAAACUGGUGAUUUAUUAAAAGUUUUAGAAGGUCAUUCAUCAUUAGUUGGAUUAUUAGCAUUAGUUGAUGAUGUUUUAGUAUCUGCUGCUGCUGAUGCAUCAUUAAGAAUAUGGGAUCCAACUACAGGAGAAUUAAAAAGUAAAUUAAGAGGUCAUGCAGCUGCAAUAACAUGUUUUGAACAUGAUGGUUUAAAAAUUGUUAGUGGUAGUGAAAAAAUGUUAAAAUUAUGGCAUGUUAAUAGUGGUACAUUUGCAAGAGAUUUACUAACAGAUGUAACUGGUGGAGUUUGGCAAGUAAGAAUUGAUUAUAAAAGAUGUGUUGCUGCUGUUCAAAGAUUUAAUAAUAAUGAAGAAGGUGAAACUUUUAUAGAAAUUUUGGACUUUAGUAAACCUUUAAAUAAAUAA